AUGUAUGAGGAAGAGUUGAAGCAUCUAAGGGUUUUAGGAGCGUUAGGUCCGUUUGAUAUGGUGGCAGAUAUCAUUGUCGGCUCGCAGCAUGGACCACAUGGUUCUAAAUUGUUUGGAGUCGUACAGUCUCCGCUCACAUCUGACCUUCGUUCUUCCGGACGUUCAGGCUUGUUUAACGGGUCUGUGACGUCAUCAUCCCCGGCAGUGUCUAGUCAUACUGAGGCGUCGCGUUCUUCGCUAGACAGCAGUGCACCCCAGCCACAGUCUAAAAAGGCUGGCCGAGAAAAAAGAGAGUUUAUUGAGACAAGCUCGCCUUCAACAAGCAGUGAAGCGAACAGCGUUAUUGAAAAAAAGAGACAUGGAGCUACCAAAAGGGAUGAUGAAGACUAUCGAAAACGGAGGAAAAGAAAGAAGUCUAGGAAUGACAGCUUUUCUGUCAAUAACGAGGAGAAAGACGGAGGAGACUGGCAAAAACCUUGUAGCAGCGGAUUAGGAAAUAAGGUUGAUAAUGAUGAAGGUCGUAUUACCAUGAACGAUUUAUUUGGAGAAGACCAAAAGUUUAGCCAAAGAGGAGAGAAGGUUUCGGAUAAAUCAGUGAGGGGCAGAGUGGUUGAAGAUGCGAAGGAUAGGAAAACUGGAGAAUGGAAAAAGGAAGAGGGCGAGAGUCCAGAUUCUGGUUUUGUUGAUGAAUCUAUGGACAGUGAUCGAGAACGCCAAAUGCAACACCUUGAAAUGGAAAAUGUGUUGGAAGAGCUUGGUCACGUGUCUCCUUUGCUCUCUCCAGUAAGAAAGCCUUCCCGAUUGCCACCGUUGGUUCGAAAUGGUACUAAACGGUCACUUAAGUGUGAACUGAAUCUUUCGUUAAUCGAAGCUUCUGAAAGGGAACGACUUCUAAGUAAACUUUAUUCAAUGGGUCACGCUGUAGAGCUUAUACCAAGGCCACAGUUAUCUCCCCCGCCUCGGCCAUCAUCUAGAUAUUCGAGGUCACCGUGUUUGAAGGUUGAGCCCUCUUAUUUUCCUGAAAAUAAGUCUUCGCCUAGAAAUUCAGAUUCUUUGCUUUCUCCUAAGCAUAAUGAAACGGCAGUGAGGUCGGAAGCUUUCUUGACAAAAGAUGAACCAAAAUUUGAAAGUGUUUCGCCGACACCAUCUAUAUCACCAUUGCCUGCGCUAAAUGACCAAUUAAAAGAUCAGGAGAACGAAAAUCUCUUUAACUCUCGUGGCUCUUCCCCUUAUCGUAAGAAGGAAGAGGAUUUGAAGCGAAAGAUUAAAAAAGCAAGAGUUGGAGAAAGUGAUAAGAGGAACGGAGAGCUUCCAGAUCGCAAGAAGCAGAAAGUUUUGAAAGAGACUAAAUCCAUAGAUGGUAGAAGAGAAGGCCCUUCAGAGGCAACAAAAGAAGAGAAGGAAAAGAUCAGAAUUAAAGAUGAAGGAAGGCGGGACGAAAAACGAAAGGAAAAAGCAAAGGAUUUUUCUAGAAGUAGGGAGGAGUCGCGGGUGAAAGAAGGGAAGGAGCAGGAAAAGUCGCGAGAAAUGAUUCGGCCUAAAGAAGAUAAGGAAAAGGAAAAACUCAGAGAUGAAUCUAGGGUACCCGAAGAAAAAGAACGUGAGAAACAGCGUGAAGAGAGUCGCGUACGUGAAGAAAAAGAACGUGAAAGGUUGAAAGAAGAAAGGUCUCGUGAAGAGAAAGAGAGGGACCGGUUGAGACGGGAAAAUGAAGAGGAGGAGCGGCUUCGAAUUGAGAAGGAAAAGCAGAGAGAAACAAAGUUCCAAGAGAAGGAGAAGUUACGACUAGAGAAAGAAAAUAAGACACGGCGUGAAAAAGAUAACGAAAGAAAUGAUGAAAAAGUUGUAAAUGAAGGGAAACGGAGGGACAGAAUGAAACAAGAAAGGAAAGAAGGCCGUGAGAAAGUUAAAUCUGGCAGCACUCUCAGUGUUAAAUCAAAAGAAUUAUCAGGAUCAUUAUCAGAUCUCCCUCAACGGCCAAAGUCGGAAAGCAAGGACCGAGCGACCAGCAAUUUGAAAAGCUUCAGAAAGGAUCGUGAGGCUUUUGUCUGUUGUGCGGAUAAGGUGGAAAAGAAGAAACAAGAGCUUGAACGCGACAAAGAUCGGUCAUUACUACCUGCUAGUCAUUAUGAGGGACUGUCAAGACCUAAGAAACAUAAAGCAGAUGAGGAAAAGGAUAGGGUGUUAAAAGUGUUGUACUAUUUCGAUUCUAUCGUUUAUUUUAUACUAACAGCUGCUGUCCACUCUCGAAAUCGCUGUUCAAAUAAUCAGAUGCGUCAAUUUGCUCUUAUACGUGAUAUUGCCGAACUUUUAAAAACUUCUACAAACCGGUUUGUGCAGAACACUUCUGAGUAUACUCCUUUGAUGGCCCACUAUAUAGCUCGUAUAAAAAUAUUGUCAUUUCGAGCUCAAGCAGUGCUCAACUUUCAGCUGUAUACUCUCAAGAUACGAGAAAUCUACAAGUGCUGUAGCACUUUGGCUAAAUUUGAAGCCAAAUUUCGAGAGCUAGAAGCUGUUCCACGACGUUCGGAGCCGACACCCCCUAAUAAUGGAUCUCAGAGUUUGCAGUCUGCUACUGGACAGAGUGCUCAGUCACUUGGAUCCCAAAGUGUUCAUUCAGCUGCAACCCCCUCUCCAGCAUCUUCUUCCCAUAGUGCUGGCAGCGAGAAAGUGAAAGAGGUAACUUUGCCGCAUGAUGUUUAUAAAACUUUAAGGGCUCAAGUAAAUAAUUUAAACCAUUUACUCUGGGCUCACCAAACUUGGGCUGACGCAAAUGCUAUUAGCGGCCAGCGGGAAAAAGAUUUGGUGGAAGGUUUGGAUGAAGUAUGCGGAAAUUUAACAAUCGAAUCAAGUCUAGAGUCUUUAAGCCUGCAUCUAGCUACUGGAGUCUCAUGGUUAAUUGCUGAAUAUGAGUUAGAAACAAAUUUCAGCAGGGUUUAA